AUGGGGCGCCCGGUGCUGCUCGCCGCUCUGCUGCUGCUGCUGGCCCGCACCGGCACCGGGGCCGCCGUCACUCGCCUGCGGGUCUCCGCCAACUUCGUGAGCGCCGGGCCGGGGGGCGCGGGGAAGGGGGGGGACGGGCGGCGGGAGAAGGGCGGCGGAGCGCUCACCUCCGUCUCUUUGCUCGCAGGAGUGCCGGGCCGUCGACCCCCUUCUGUAGGCUCCCUCUUCCCGGGGCUCCCCUAUUCCGAAGUCUCCCGGUCCCCGGGACUCCCGGUACACGAGGCUGCCGCCGACAGUGCGCUGAGCAGCCCCCGCUGCCGUCGGUUGGCCCGGGCCGGGUCCCCGCUGGAGCCACCCGCGCUGUGGCUGGGCCGGGCUCGCCUGUGCCUGCCCGGGCAGCGCUGCCAGCCCUGCCUGCGGGUGCGCCUGGCCCUCCUGGCCGCAGAGCUCGGCAAUGUCCGUGGGCUGCAGCUCAGCUUCCUGGAGCUGGGCUCCAACCGGGCCAGCUGGUUGCAGGUGUGGCGGCAGCAGCACUGGGAGCCGAGCAGCUCGACAUGGCAGGUGCAUUUUGACUGCUUCCCGGUGGAGAGUGGGCAGCAGGUCCUCAUCUCCCUCCGCACCAUCCCUGACAGAGGCUUGGUCCUGAGCCGCAGCUGCCUGGUCACUGCUGAGCCCCCUGGGCCCAUCUUCACUCAUGCCUGGGUCCCCGAGGCACGGGCCAUCGAGGUGUGGGUGCCUGAGGGUCCUGCCCUGAUGGUGCGGCUGUGCCACCAGCUGGCCCUGGAAUGUGAGGAGCUGCCUCGGCCUUUCCACCGGCAGGUGCUGGUGGAGGGGGGCCACCACGUCUCGCUGCCAUACGAGUUCCUGGUGCCCUGCCUGUGCAUUGAGGCCUCCUACCCCCACCAUGACAGCCCACGCAGCAAGCACUGCCCCUUCCGUGACCAGCCAUCCACUUAUGGUCCUGAGCUAUGGUCCUCGGUGCACUUCCACGACUACAGCACCAGCAGCAAGGACCAGAUGGCCAUGGUGCUGAGCUCCAGCUGCCCCCUGCACCCCCGGGCCACCCUGUGCUGGAGGGAGACGGCAGCUGAGGCUGCACCUUGCCAUGAUGUCCCCAACUCCACAGCCAGCGAGGAGGACCAGGCAUACACACUGGACAAGGUGGACGUGCAUCCCCAACUCUGCUUCCGAUUCUCCUAUGGGAACAGCAGCCAUGUGGAGUGUCCCCACCAGCCAGAGACUGCCUGGAACGUCUCGGUGAGCGUCCGAGGACUGCAGCUACGCCUGCACCUCACCUCCAGCAUCCCCGCAGCCUUCAGCGCAGCCCUGUGCCAGCGCCGGGGCGGGCAGUGCGAGCCCGAGGCCCCCCUCUACACUGUCACACGGCCGGAGGGCUCUGCCCCAGGGGAAAUGGCGCUGCUGCUGCCUGUGCAGGUCCUGGGCAGCUGCGUGCUGGUGUGGCGCUCAGAUGUGCGUUUUGCUCGGAAGCAGCUGCUGUGUCCUGAUGUCUCCCGCAGGCACUUUGGGCUGCUGGGGCUGGCACUGGCACUGGGGCUGGUGGUGACCGUCCUGCUCCUCAACUGCCGCAGCACCUGGAGGCCGGCCGAUGGUGCCCCAGGCGGGCGUCCCGUGCUGCUGCUGUACUCGCCGGACUCCGAGGAGCACCUGGGGCUGGUGUGCGCCCUGGCCGAGCGGCUGCGCGCCGGGCUGGGCUGCGACGUGCGCCUGGACCUGUGGGAGGCAGGAGGCGUGGGGCGAGCAGGGGCUCUGCCCUGGCUCUACGCCCAGCGAGGACGUGUGGGACGCCAGCGUGGCACUGUCCUCCUCCUCUGGAGCCGGGGCAGCACCCAGCUCUUCCGCCGGUGGCGAGUCGGGGUGGCUGAUGGAACCCCCAGGGACGCCCACGACAUCUUCGGGGCAGCCAUGGCCUGCCUGCACGGGGAGCUGGGGGUGGCGGGACGCGGCGGCGGCUGGGUGCUGGCUUACUUCAGCCAGCUCUGCAGCCCCCGCGACGUUCCCCGCCCCCUCCGCCCCCUGCCCACCUACCGCCUGCCGCGGCAGCUGCCCGGGCUGCUGGGUGCCUUGCGGGGCAGCCCCCCGGCCCCCCGCCGCUGCCGCCGGGGCCGGGCAGGGGGGCUCCUGCACCGGCUGCUGCAGGAGGGGGCUGGAGAGGGUGGCUCCUCACCGCAGCCUCCCGGGGUGGCCGCUGGCACCUGAGUGCCCAUGUUGGGGCUGAGCUGGGCGUUGCUGCGGGGCCGGUGGGGCUGGGCACAGCCCCUGGUGAGGGCAGGAUCCUGUCACAGAGGUGCAGGGCUUGUGGGGUGUACCUGUGGGUGCACUAGGCAGGAGCUGCGGGUGCCACAGGCGCUCGAGCAGAGCUGGCCCCGGCCAUGGGAUGUGCUGUGGGGGCUGGGAGCGGAGGCGCUGUCAUGGGCAGGGGCAGCUUCAUUUCCACACAGCUACCUGCUCCAGAGGAGAGCCAGGAUCCCAGGGAAGCCCCUUGGGAUGCCAGAGCCAGGUAAGGGGCCAGGGUGUUGUUGAAAGCGGCUGGAGAGAGAGGCUCCCCCUGCCCUGCCUGGGCACAACGAGCUGGGGGCAGGUGCUGGGCACAGCCUAGCCCUUUUCGCUCCUGCAAUGCCAGCGGGACCUUGUCUGGGAUGCAAGCA